AAAUUGUUCAUACAUGUUAUCUUCUUAUUGAAAGUAACAUCAAUGCCCCAGCCAGAGAUUCUAUGGAGGGCGCUACACAUUUGGGGGGUGGCGAGGGUGUCUUCUAGUCUCAAAAACUUGGAUCUCAUCACCUGUAAAUCAUCAAAAUGCCUGCGGGAACAUGCAAAAAGCUGGUGAGUAGUUAAAAGAAGAUGAUGUUAAUUCUAAAUCUGCCAUGGGUAGGAAUAAUUAAUGAGUAACACAUUUGUACAAGAAGAUCAUUUAGAAAGCACUCCUAACUAUGCCUUUAGCUAAAGGAUGCAAGUCAGAAACUACUGCAGGGAAAUCCCAGUAAAACAGACAAACACGGCGCCCGUCUGUGUUUGGAAAGCGAGAAGUUUCUCAUUCCUGGAACACAAACAGUUUUAGUAAAUGGGAUGGUGGAGUGGAUGGAUGUCUCAUCUCUUAUUACAAGUAAACAAAACAAAGUUCUGGUACGUUUAAGGCUCAGACGUGAGAGUCUCCCUGAACCUAACCUCCUCCACUGCACAGCGUACGGUGAUAAGGCAUAAGGCAUAUGGGAGCGUCCCAAAGGUGAUUUUGUGGUGAUUCGCUUUCAUUACCAGGUAAACAGGCCUCCAGCUGGUCCAGUGUUUGUAAAUGUGCGGCGCCUCUGCAGGAAAAGCCAUUUGCAUGUGGUAUGUGGCAGACUGUGGUCUGACAGGGCUGACUGAGCUGCCACGCAACGCUGACAGACGUACAGUAAAGAAGUCCCACAACAAGAAAAUAUCCUGCCCAGCCAGUAUCAAUGCAAAUUCUGCCUCACCACUACCUGUGGUCAGAGGGGAUGCAAAUCCGAUGCUUACAUAUAUCCCUGCGAGGGAACUCUUGGAUCAAAAGGCUUUGCAUCAGACAGGUUCUGAUUAAUUAGAAAGAAAGAAUAAUAAAAAAUAAAAAAAAAUUAGAAGUUGAGACUGUAAGAAGUUGGAAACAUUUCAUCUGACCUCAUCUGGAGCCUCAGUUCAGGUAAAAACUACAAAACGUUUCUUGCCUUCAUCCCUCUAACCUUUGUAUUUCAGCUUGAUUUGUAUGUGACCGAUUAAAUUGUAAUGGAGGACUUUUAACCGAAGCCUGUUUGGGUCUGUUUUCUGUAUUCCAAAAGCCAAACGUGAACGUGAAUUUUAUUCUGUCCCACCAGUGAUGAAUCAGUCUGGUUUGAAGCGUGCGAGUCUUAAUCUUUUGCCUCCUUGUCAUCUCUUUGAACAGAGCAAAACCCAGCCACUGCAGGGGACCCACAGAGACGGCAGAGAUUGACACGGCAUUAUUGAAGUAUUCUCAGAAGUUCACGGCUUGGAUGCGACUGAGGGGGAGCACUCCUGAUAUGUUCGGCUUGAGUAAAUUCACCUUCUGGGUCCUGACGAGCCUGGUGGCUGUCACCACGGUCUUCUUUAAUGUCUACAUCUUUUUCAUGACUCUGUGCAACAAGACGGGGAAGAAGGAGAGGAGUCCCAGCGAAAGCAUCAUCAUGGCUCUGGCGGCGGCCGACGUGAUGUACCAGCUGAUCUGCUACGUCUGGAUGACCAUGAAUGAGGUGGACAGCGGCUGUCACGUUCUUGAGGUGUUCUACACUGCCAUGCUGGGAAUCAUGUCCAGCCUCAAGUUCAUUAUCAUUUGGGACACUAGCUUUCUCACUUUCUACUACAGCACCAAGCUGGUCAGCACUCCCAACCACUGUUACACCCAGAUCCAAGGUGCCAUCCUUAAGCACGUGACCCUCGUACUUUUCCUCAUCCACCUAUUUGGCGUUGCCACCUGCAUGCCGAUCCUCGUGGUGUUUCACUACGACAAUCACACCACUGAGGUCAACGCGGGUAUGGACUGUGGGGUUUUUGUGUCAAGCUCCAUCGCUCUCAGGGUCUAUGAUGUCCUCUUCCUGCUCCUCUCGGAUGUGGUGCCUGGGAUGGUCAUGUUGAAGUGCUGCAUCUCUAUCUCUGUCCACCUGGGCAUCCACCUGCGCCACAUAAAAGCCAGCACCAACGGCGCCCACCUCCCGAAGCUCGGCUCCGAGAUGAGGGUGGUCCAGAUGUCGUUGUCCCUGGUGGCCAACUUUCUGGUCUUCCUCAUGGUCGACCUGUACGUCAACUACCAGCUUGUGGUGAGUCACAAGCACUCUGUGGCGGCCACGGUCUUCAUCACAUCCGUCUACGCCAGCGUCGCCGCCAUACUCCUCAUCUACGGCAAGAAGACUCUGUGGAAGACCAUGAUGCACGACAUUAACACCUGUCUGGAUGCAUAUCCAUGUUUGUCCUGCCUGAAACUGCCUGAGCAUAGGGCUCCACCCAGCACACCUCCAAAGGAAGACAAAUGAAAAUACAGAUUUCCACCUACCAGAACUUUAUGUUCCAUUUUUGCCACCUUACAAAGUAGCAUAACUGCAAAGUAGAAGGAAAAUUGUGGUUUUCAAAACUGUAAAGCGAGGUAUGUAUUUGUAUUCCGAUCUUUUUAAUU